GUAUGACGUUUGCCUGGAACCCAACAGGCAGUACCGCGGCCGCCUCGAACCUGUAAAUAGAACUAUAAAUAAUUCAAAAAUCGAACACUUCCCAAACCACUUUUGAAUUUGCUAUGAAAGCAGGACGUGUUUGAAUUUAGAAUCGAACGUCAGAGAGAGACAGCAACAUGAUCGACCCGAGCUCAUCCGAAGAAGACAGUGAUGAAGAACACAAGAAACAAACGUCUAAACUACCAGUGGUACCACCGGGGGGACUGACUGGUGGUAGACCGUCUGUAAGAGGCAAGCCUGAGCUACCCAGAGGAUCUACAGCAGGCAUUGGCACAGGGGCGAGCUCGCUGACGUCAGCGCCGCUAGCUGCGCCGUUGCAUCCCGCCACCCGCCAGAGGGAGGCAGCCGCCCUCGCACCUCCACAACACGCAUCCUUCUUGCGUAGGACAUCCACGGGCAGCGCCAGCUCGGGGGAGGCGCCUGCACCCUCGCCCAGCCCCUCCGGGACCAGCCACUCCGACAAGGACCAGGACCCACAGGAGAAAAUAGAGAAACUAGAAGAGGACAAGAAACGUCGGCUGCAACUGUAUGUAUUCGUAUCAAGAUGUGUGGCCCAUCCGUUCAACGCCAAGCAACCCACCGACAUGACCCGACGACACACCAAACUGACGCCCAACCAGCUGGAAACCAUGCAGGCUAGGUUUCAGGCUUUCCUAAAAGGAGAAACGCAGAUCCUAGCAGACGAAGCGUUCCAGAACGCAGUACAAUCGUACUACGACGUUUUCCUCAAGAGUGAGCGAGUGGAACAGAUGGUGAGGUCAGGCGCCUGCUCGCACCACGACUUCCGUGAGGUCUUCAGAAAUAAUAUCGAAAAGAGAGUCAGGUCUUUACCGGAAAUCGACGGUCUUAGCAAAGAAACAGUUUUAACCACUUGGCUAGCCAAACUGGACUGCAUCAUGAAAGGAACGGGUAUACCUGGUGACGACGAAUCGAAACGACCGUCGCGGGCACAACAGCAGAGCUUGAAUGCGGAAUGCAUUCUAAGCAAAGAGCAACUGUACGAUAUGUUCCAACAAAUCUUGGGCGUGAAGAAAUUUGAACACCAAUUGUUGUUCAACGCAUUGCUGCUGGAUUCAGCUGAUGAGCAAGCUGCAGCGAUCCGAAGAGAACUGGAUGGGAGAAUGCAGAAAGUCAAUGAAAUGGAGAAGAACCGGAAGCUGAUGCCCAAGUUCGUGCUGAAGGAGAUGGAAUCCCUCUACAUCGAGGAGCUGAAGUCUUCCAUCAACCUGCUGAUGGCCAACCUGGAGUCUCUGCCCGUGUCGAAGGGAGGCGCGGACUCUAAAUACGGACUACAUAAGAUCAAGCGGUAUAAUCACAGAUCGAACGCUGGACCAGACCCGAGUCCAAGGUUGAGUAAGCAGCUAUGUUUCAGAUCGCAAGGAUCUCUAGCGAACAAGCUCACGGGUGAAGCGGAUGGUGGUGACGUCGACACACAGCUAACUAAAAUGGACGUAGUUCUUACGUUCCAGAUUGAGGUGGUUGUAAUGGAGGUCAAAGGAUUGAAGUCGUUAGCUCCUAACCGGAUAGUGUACUGCACGAUGGAGGUUGAAGGCGGGGAUAAACUGCAGACAGACCAGGCUGAGGCGUCGAAACCUAUGUGGGACACGCAAGGUGACUUCAGUACAACACAGCCUCUACCAGCUGUAAAAGUCAAACUAUAUACUGAGAACCCUGGUGUUUUAGCGCUUGAAGACAAAGAGUUAGGGAAGGUUGUACUAAGGCCGACUCCUUUGUCUAGCAAGGUACCAGAAUGGCACCGCAUGACUGUACCGAAGAACUUACCGGACCAAGACCUUAGGAUUAAAAUAGCGUGUCGAAUGGAGAGGCCUUUGAACAUGAAACAUUGUGGCUACCUCCACGUGAUCGGCAAGGCUGUGUGGCGUAAAUGGAAGCGUCGGUACAUGGUGCUGGUGCAAGUGAGCCAGUACACUUUCGCGCUGUGCUCCUACAAGGACAAGAAGUCGGAGCCCGCUGAGAUGAUGCAGCUGGACGGCUUCACGGUGGAUUACAUUGAGCUGGCCAGUGCCCAGCUGAUGGUUGGACAAGAACUGGAAGGCGCGAAGUACUUCAUGAACGCGGUGCGCGACGGCGAGUCAGUGCUGAUGGGGGUGAGCGACGAGAACGAAUGCCACCUGUGGGUGAUGGCGCUGUACCGAGCCACGGGCCAGAGCCACAAACCCACCCCGCCUACCACUUCCGACUCGCACAUCAAGAUCAUGGGUGCAGACGCAGACAAGGCCCGUAAGCACGGCAUGGAGGACUACAUCCAGGCGGACCCUUGCCAGUUCGAUCAUCAUCAACUCUUCACUCUGCUGCAGUCGUUCACCUUGAAAUACCGCCUCCAAGAUCCUUACUGUUCCUUGGGUUGGUUUUCUCCCGGCCAAGUGUUCGUGUUGGAUGAGUACUGCGCCCGCUACGGCGUCCGCGGCUGCUACCGGCACCUGUGCUACCUCUCCGACCUGCUAGACGUGGCCGAGAGCGGCCAGCAGACGGUGGACCCCACCCUGAUGCACUACUCCUUCGCCUUCUGCGCCAGCCACGUGCAUGGGAACAGUACGGCCACGUUGCCUGGCAGGCCAGACGGCGUGGGCAGCAUCACCGUCCAGGAGAAGGAGAAGUUCGCGGAGAUCAAGGAACGGCUGAAGACAUUGCUGCAGCAUCAGAUCACAAACUUCAGAUACGCUUUCCCAUUCGGACGGCCAGAAGGCGCUUUGAAGGCAACCUUGUCUUUAUUGGAGAGGGUAUUAAUGAAAGAUGUGGUGACGCCGGUGGCUCCUGAAGAAGUACGAUCGAUGAUUCAAACAAGUUUAGAAAAUGCAGCGCUUCUUAACUACACUCAGCUCAGUCAAAAAGCUAAUAUUGAAGAGGAUCUCCGUGGUGAGACCAUGGUGACACCCGCCAAGAAACUGGAAGAUCUUAUUCAUCUAGCUGAACUUUGUGUAGAUCUGCUCCAACAAAAUGAAGAACAUUACGCAGAGGUUUAUAACACAAAACCGGACUCUAGCGGUCAACAAAAUGCGUUUGCGUGGUUUUCCGAGCUACUUGUGGAGCAUGCUGAGAUCUUCUGGGCUCUGUUCGCCGUCGACAUGGACCGCGUGCUGUCUGAACAACCUCCUGACACGUGGGACUCCUUCCCACUGUUCCAGAUUUUGAAUGACUAUUUAAGGAACGAUGAUAACUUGAGAAAUGGGAGGUUCCACGAGCAUUUGCGCGAUACGUUCGCCCCUCUCGUGGUGCGGUAUGUGGAUCUUAUGGAGUCUUCUAUAGCGCAGUCGCUUCACAAAGGAUUUGAGAAAGAACGCUGGGAAAUCAAGGGUAACGGCUGUUCUACGAGCGAGGAGUUGUUCUGGAAGCUGGACGCGCUCCAGUCGUUCAUCAAGGACCUGCACUGGCCAGAGCAGGAGUUCCGCACGCACCUGGAGCAGCGCCUCAAGCUGAUGGCCAGCGACAUGAUGGAGACCUGCAUCCAGAAAACUGAGGCUUCUUUUCAGGCGUGGCUGAAAAAGAGCGUGUCCUUCAUAUCGACGGACUACAUCCUGCCAGCGGAGAUCUGUGCGAUGGUGAACGUGGCGCUGGACGCCAAGAACCAGGCGCUGAAGCUGUGCGCGGUGGAAGGAGUCGACAUCUACCAGUACCAUGCUAAAAUGGAUGCUCAGAUCGAGGCGUGCCUGCAAGCGAUGUCAACGGGGAUGACCUCGCGAUUGGCGGCUGUGCUGGAGUCCACGCUAGCCAAGGUGGCUCGCUUCGACGAGGGCAGUCUAAUAGGCUCGUUCUUGAAUAUUGCGAACGUCUCGAGCUCCGGUAAGGACAUCGGGCAGGGAUACGUCAACUUCAUGAGGAAUUCCAUGGACCAAAUCAGAUCUAAGGUGACAGACGAGCUCUGGAUCCUCCAGCUGUUCGAGCAGUGGUACGGCGUGCAAAUUAACCUCAUCAACAACUGGCUGGCGGAGCGACCGGCGCUGCAUCCGCAGCAGGUCGCCUGCCUCUCCAUCGUUCUCAAGAAAAUGUACAGCGACUUCGAGCUGCAAGGCGUUAUCGACGACAAACUCAACUCCAAGGCGUACCAGACGGUCGCGGGCCGAAUGCAUACAGAGGAGGCUACGUGCAGCUUGCUCCUAGCGCAGCAGGACCAGGGAAAUGGCGACGACGGCGGUUCAGAGGAAGGCGCUCGCAGCGGCAAAUCGAAGUUAGAGUCACUCACAGAGGAGGCAAAGUUGGGGAACGUUGGAGCUGUUGUUGGAAAGAUGGGCAACAUGUUUGGUCGUGGCAUUGGCGAGCUGUCGACAAAGCUGGGCGGCGCUUCGUCUUGGUUUUAGGACAACUACAAAUCUUUAUCGAUGUCAUAGUGUCAUAAUAUUUUUCUUUACCAUUGAGUUACUAUAGUACUAGAGAUGCUGGUACAAAUAAAAACAUGUCGCGACAUACAAACAUCAGUAUUUUACUGGAGCGCUAAAACAUUAUUUACGUUAACCUUGCUAUUAACAUAUGCAGCGCUAGAUGGCAAGAAUAUUUUUUUUUUGUGUCUAACUUAGUUUUCAUUUGUUUACGUAUCGUAGGUAUAUAUUAUCGUAAAUAAGUUACGAUACGCAAGAGGUGCCGCUGCAUCGCUACUUGUACCUAAAAAUUAAAAAAAAAAUCGAAAGCACGAUGUUCCGAAACGUUCUAUAGUUUGCAUCGGAUUGUACCUAUACAAGAAACUAUUUAGUUGUGCAGCGAUGUCGCCACAGUUGAACGGAACGCAGCAGAGUUUAAUGGUGUAUCUAGUACCUACAUAGUAACUCAAUGUUCUUUACCAAUAUUAUCGAUGUAUUAAAUAAAGAACUGCUUUGUCUUUCCACAUGAUGUCGAAAAUUUUUGAUCACAGAAACAAGUCUUCAUUUGUUUUUCAAUUUCAAUACGUUUUAGGGUUGCCAGCAUUUUUCAUAAAUAAUUUUUCUAUGAUUUUAAAGAUAUAUUAAAAAUAAAUUGAAAACUAGAAUUUAUUUUAAAAUGUUAGUAACAAAAAGUGUACAAUAAUAUAAAUCGAAUUAAAAUGUAAUGAAAUAUUAAUUACAUGCGGUAGUAUCUAUACGUAAUUACUUUUUUUAAAUAAAUAAUUAUUAUUCCAAAUAACCAUUGGCUUUCCGCUUAUAUUUUAUAUGGCAACUCUAUAAAUUUAAAUGUCCGCCAUGUUUUCAUUUCAGCAAGAGGUUAUAUUAUAAACUUGGCGUUUAGUAUUUUAAUGUAAGCGAAUGUAGCUUAGUCAAAAACUAGUGUAAACAAAAACUCUAGAUUUUAUUUUAUAAAAAAAGCUUUAUGUACAGUUAGUCACAUUACUCGUUUGGAGCAAAAUAAACAUGUAUUUUAGUCUGUUUUGAUAGAAACUAAAUUCGAAAUUAUACUGCGGAAUCCCGUUGUUAUUCAACCGAAAUUUAAGAUAAUUCAACAGAAUAGAGUUAUAGAAUAUUAAAUAAAUAUAAAUAUUUGCUAAUAAAAAUUGCUGAUUAAAAAUAAAGUCCCAGAAAAUAAAUUAAAUACUAUAGAUAUAAAAUCGUGGUUGGGAAGUUCCAGUAACAUGUUACAAAAUAAAAAUAAAACGCGCUUUUAAAUCCAGUGUUGCAAUACGUAGCAAAACAAAUGUUUGUUACAAUUCAGGGAAAACUAGAAAUCAAAAAUUAAUUGCGCUACUAAACUUUUUUCUGUUUUAAAAAGUAAACUAUGUUUUCAUCGUAAUAUAGCUUCUAUUGAAACAGAUAUUAGGUGUGAAUAUUAAGAUUAGUAUUUGAUAACACGAUUGAUAUAAAGAAAAACAUUAUACUUAAACAGAAAAGAAGCGUAAAGUACAUGUAAACUCGAUGCUACAAUAAGAAAACAUAUCGCUUUGUGCAAGUUAUAAUUGAGACGGCAUAAUAUAUAAAAAUAUUUACAAAAUAUGUUAACACAUUGUUGUAACCAAAUAUGAUAGAGAAAAAGUGUAUGUAAAGCAUAUAAAUAUUUCAGGGGUUCUUAUUUAUAAACGAAAAUAAAUAAUAAUGGUAUCUGCGGCUUUGUACUAACACCAUAUUUUAACAGUUUAAAUUAAUUAUUAAUUUAAUUUACCUUUAUGUAUGUAUACUAUAAUUUUGUUAAUAAUUACCAAAAUUACUAAAUUCAAGUAAUAUGAUAAGAUUUUUUUCAAAUAAGAAAGUUAGGAAAAGCAAAUCAAAAGUUUGUGUUACGUGUUUAAGCUCCUCUUCUCUUCUUUAACAACUUAACGAGUGUUUUAAUAUCCUAGUUCUGUAGUGCAGUUUUCAAUGCAACUUUUUCUAAACUAAAAAGCAAUAUUUUUCUAAUAUUAAUAACGGGUACUCAAAUUGUGAGUUCGCAAAUGUAGCGUCUUUACCUCAAUCUACCAACAGAAUAGCAUUUUUGUAAAAAAUAUAACUGGCGAAAAUUCAACAUUAAUAAGAAGAAAUAUAUUUCGUUUAGGGGUAUUUUUGCAAAAAUGUUUACAGCUUUUCACGGAUAAUUUUGCUGAUGAAGAUGUUUGUAUUAAAUGAAAUAUUUGAAUGGUAAUGUAACCAACUAAAGUUCAAUAUUGGCUUGGAGGAAUAUAAUAUUCCACACCAAAACUAUGCAAUUUGUAAAAUUAUAGUUUAAAUGUCUUCGCGAUCGCAAUCUCCGUAGAUUCCGUUAAUUUUGAUCAGUAAUUCAAGUCUAGUCUAGCAUUUACAUUUAUGCAAAAAACAAAUGUGUAAUUUAGUGUUACUACAUAACUCUUUAGGUUUAUAGUGAUAGCACCGGCAAUGUUAUUUCUAUACUCAAAGUUAUUCGAGGGAAGCUGUAAAAUACAUAAUUAGGAACUGUUUUGACUUGUAAUAAUAAAUUCUAUAGUUUGAACGCUCUUUAGAUUCUAAUAAAAUCUAAUCGACAUUAGAAUUAAAAUUUACCUUGGCAUAGUCGUCAAAUAUUUACUAACAUAAAAACAUAUAUUAUAUAUGUAUAUUUGUUAAUAAAAAUUAUUCUUCUACGCUAAUAAUUGACAUACAGUUAUUUGAAAAACUAGUUGAAUAUUUAAAGAAAGUUUUAGGUAAAACUUUAAACUAACGGUUGAAUAAUAAGACAGACGAUUCGCCUUAUAAAGACAGAGACGGCUUGCGAGGUAUAGAUAUCAGUUAUUUUUUUAUUCAUUUAAAAAUUAAUGAUUUUCGAAAAUUAUAAUUUAUUAAAAUUACCUACUCCAUAAUAAAUUUGGUACAUGUACUCGUAUUAUUGUGGCGUUGUCUAUCAGAUAUCAUUGCGAAAAAACACUACUUAGUUGCACACUAUAAUAUAUUUAUAGAGCAUUCAAUUUCGUGUAUAAUAAUUAUAAUACGUAAAUGUAUAAAUCAUAUAACGAUCUCUCAACACUUCUGGGGCAGAGAGUUAUUAUUAUUCAAAUUUUCAUAGAAGUGUUUCAACACAACCACCCAUAAUCACUCGUGAUAUUUACACUUUAGCGACAUUUUCAUCGGCACUACAACACAGUACAAAUGAAAAAAAAAACUCUUUCCAGUCAACAAUAUAAAAAUCAUAGGACACGCAUUUAAUUUUGUAGUUUGUACCUUUAUUAUGUUUUUUUUUAUGGUAAGCAGAAAUAAUAUUUUCGAUCAAAUUAUUUUGCAAUGCCAUUUCACACGAUUAUGAUGAAGUUUUAGUUUUAUUGAGAGAGAGAAGAAAAGGCAAUUGGAAUCUUGUACUAACUAGUAUGCUUUUACUUAAGUAAGUUAGGAUGCUAAUUCGAUUGUACACAUUAAACUAAACUAAAUUGACUAAGCCUAAAUUGAACGCUAUAUUUUCAGUGUUCCCUGUUAAAUAUAUAGCUCUAUUUUUACAGCUUUAAAAUCUGUCUUUUUCGUUCAGUUUGGAGAUCUGAGUACAUUCGAAUUAGUGUUUGUGUUUUUGUAUUCUAAUUAACAGCCUUUUCAAUUUAACUGAUGGACUCACUUUGUGAUGUUAUAAAACAGUAGUUUCAUACUUGCUCUCAGAUUUCUACAAAAUUCUAUUUUGAAGAAACCUUCAACUAACUUAAAUUGUAUUAUAUAAAAAUGUAAAAAUCGUACAUUGUCUAGGGGUCGCGCAAACAUUUGUUGUUGACAAACCACUGCAGUUGUAAACACCGUAGAAAUUUCCCUUAUAGAAAUUAUCUACAUACAUGCAACAUAUUGCAUUCUAAAAAUAUUGACAAUUUGUAUCUUAGUACAAGCUCGUGUGGAUUGGCAUUCGCAUUCGGAUAAUCAAUGUGAUUGCACAUUGUCACAAGAGGCAUAAGAGGUGAAAGCAGCGGAAUACGCAACUACCGUAAGGUUAAUGCCCAUGCGCUUAAUGAUUGUUGUGGCUCUUGAAGCAAUGUGUAAUCAACUUAAUGGUAACGCUCAAGGGAAGGAAGUCUAGUGUAAGUGCAUUAUAAGCCGACUGAAGUUACAUAGUCGUAGUACUUAAUGCUUGUAAAUCUUCACAUGGAGCGACUCGCGAUGGCUUAGUGGUUAGAUCGUGAACAACUAGUGUAUUCGUGUCUAGGUAUACAAAUUUAACACUCCUGUGAUUCUUUGCGACAGUAUAUUGAAAAGUACUAACAUAGACCACUAAAUUAGUUUAGGUAAAAAUAAACUUAAUGUAUUCUAAAUAUUUCAAAGUGUCUAUGCUACAAAGAUACUUGUAAAACCUCAUCUCUACUAAUAUUAAAAGAAUUUAAUUUACAGACCGAAUAUAUAAAAUGUUUAUAGUGGGAUUACUAAAAAUAAUUUUCGGAUUUUUCAAACCUCUGUUUUAAAAUACUUACCGGCCACAUUUUUUGUGCGUAUUUUUGUAACUGUUAACACCGUUGUAUACAGACAAUGAUGUGCCUGUCAAGUUUGUGUUUAUUUAUUGCUUCAGUACAAAAAGCACAUCGCGAGUUCCACGAUGAUACAAUAAAAUAAUAUUUACAAUAAAAUAAAAAUGUUUACUGUU